CAAUUUGCUGUUAGCUUCUGGAAAAGUCACCGGUGUACCUGCACUCAACGCUGUUCGUCAGUUUUUGCAGAGACCAGGUAAUUUGCGAGCAUCCGAGUGUCUUUUUCUACCUUUCUUUGUCGUGAGAAUGUCUUCUGAAGAGACGCUUAGUGACGGCCGAGUGAGGGGGAGGGUUGAGGAGGUAGAGGAUAGGGAUUUGAGGGUGCCGCCGAACAUUUUGGAGAGAGAGGAUGGAAGAGAGCCGUGUUUCAACCCUGAGGAGGAAGUUGUUAGUGAGGUGGCAGGGUAUGAAACAACUUUGGAAAAUAGGGGUAGUUUGGCCCACUUGGUUGAGAACUAUGGGGUGCCUGGGCGUGUGUUGGUGAGGUCGACGGGGAGUAGAGAGAGGGCGUGUUCGGCCCCGGGGAACCACUGGAUGCCUCUCUACUCCCAUUACCUGGCGGCUGGGUUGCGGUUCCCUCUCCCAGACCUGUUGGUGUGGUUGUUGUUGGAGUAUGGUCUGGGGUUAACGCAACUCACCCCCAAUGCCGUGAGGUUAGUGGUGGCGUUUGCAGCGUAUAGCCGAAGUCGGGGGCACUUGAGUCGCUGGAAGGCGAAAGGGUUAAACCUCAACGAGUAUAGUCUGACCUCGGGGGAGUUAGAGGAUGUGGGGGAGUUGGAAAGAGGGGGCGUGGGUUUGCUGGACGUUAUGGAGUAUACGAGCCAGAGGAUGUUAGACGCGACUGAGAUAUAUGGGCCGAGCUCACAGAGGGGAGAAGAGAUGAACAAGGUUUUGGACGCAGCUGGUGGAGCUGGAAUUCCAAAGAAGGGAAGAGGGAAGAGAGGUGAGGUCAGGAGGCGGGGGGAGGAGGUUUCACUACCUCAAGUCGAAGUGGAGAACUUGGCCAUUACUCAGCCUGGCCACGUUGGGGGUGAAGUGACGGUUGCUGAGGGGGGGCCCAUUGUGGCGAAGAGGAGGAGGCUGGAGAGACUAGAGGCCGUGGAGGAGGUAGAGGAGGUACGAGAGCCCGUGACUUCAACCCUCCGCCUGGAAGGGACCUCGUCAGCCUCGGCUGUUGAGUUUGCUACUGCACUCCGAGAGCAAGGGAACAUCCUAGCGCAGACAACUAGCUUUUAUGACUCCGGGAUGAGGAGCACAGCAAAGAGGUUCAUCAACACUUACUUCCCGGAGGUGGACCGCCAGCGUGCGAAGGACGAGGUGGCUGCCAGGGGUUCAAUUGGCAUUGUCCGUCAAACACUGGAGGCUGUUAAUCUCGUGAAUGCUUUGGCCAACGAGCAUCACGAGAGUUUGAAAGAGAGGAACCAGAUGAGGAAGGACAAUGCCGAGAUUGUCAAGAAGAACGAGGAGGCCGAGGCCGAGGUGGCGAGGCUGAAAGUAGAGAUGGAGGAACUCCGGAAAGAAAACGCCACCUUCAAAAAGGACUCGGAGAUCUCGUACCAGAAAAGGAAGAUAUGCGAGGCUGAGCUCGAGAAGAGGGAGAAUGAGCUGGAGCAUGCGGGGAGGACAGUGGUUGAGUUGGAGCUCAAGGUUCACAACUCAAUCGAAGAGCAUGUGGAGGGGUUCCUGAGGUCCAACACCUUCAAGGACAUCGUCAACCUCUACCGUCUUCCUACUGUCAUCGUGGCUUUCUCUGACUACCGGAAGAAGGUAAAACUGCAAUAUCCUCCUGUGGAUGUGACAAAGAUUACCUUCGAAAAGCAAGAAGGGGAGGUGGAGGAGGACGGGGAGAGCAGUGCUGCUGACUUCCGCCCAAAGAUAACGCUGAAGUGGGAGAGGGAUAGCAGAGGUCAAACCGUCUUACCUCCCAAGUUCAGCUUUGAAUUCGUGGCAGUGGAGGAAGAGGGGACCGAAGGUGGCGAGGUUACCGAAGGUGCUGAAAAGCCAGCUGAAGGUGCUGACCAGCCAAGUCAGCCUGUUGAUAACCCCGAGCAGCCUGCGGCCAGCCCGAGCCAAACCGUUGACUAGAUUUAGCCUCGGUUAUUUUUUAUUUUUAUUUUUUUUGAGAGAUAUUCUUUGUAAUCGAUUGGAAAUUAAUGGAAUGAAUUUGAAUCUUUUUU